UCUCACCACUGCUCUCAGACUCUUCAGACCACCUUCUCACCACUGCUCUCAGACUCUUCUGACCACCUUCUCCUACUGGUCUCGGACACUUCUGACCACCUUCCCCUACUGGUCUCGGACUCUUCUGACCACCUUCCCCCGCUGGUCUGGGACUCUUCUGACCACCUUCCCCCGCUGGUCUCGGACUCUUCUGAGUACCUUCCCCCGCUGGUCUUGGACUCUUCUGACCACCUUCCCCCGCUGAUCUGGGACACGGUGCGAGCACAGAAGCACAAGAUGCACUCUCUGGUUAAAUGGACGCUUCUUGUCCUGGUCCUGGUCUCUGUUCUUCUUAACAUUGUUUUGCUGGGCUUCCACUCCAGCAGGGCUCCCAAAUGCUCCGGGCGACGCCUUCAUCCUAUCAAAGGCAAACACGACAAGCGCAGCCGCGUCUUUGCUGAUGUCACUCAAGAGGAAUACCUGCAGGUCCAGCAGUACAUGGUCCAGCAGAAGGACUUGGCCAUCAGCACCAGGCAGCUCACCAAGCCGUCGGAAAACUUCCUGUUCCUAAUCGACUUGUCUCUGCCCAAAAAGGCGGACGUUUUGUCCUACCUGGACGGGGCAGGUCCUGAGCCGGUGCGCGAAGCCACUGUGGUGGUCUUCUACGGGUCCUUGGGCCACAUCAAGGAGUACGUGGUAGGACCUCUGCCUAAGCCCACGUACCACACGGACGUGACCAAGAAGAAGUAUAAGAGGGAGCUGCCCAUCAACGCCCGCACCGUGACUGUGGGGGAGUACGAUUUGUUGUCUAAGUUUUUCGAACAACAGUUUUCCAAGAUGGAGCAGCUUGUGAGGGAGAGUUUUGGUGCUAAAAAACUGAACCUGUUUGAGCAAAUGCCGCGAGGACUUCGUUCUGGAGACAGAAAAACCUGGGUGUCUUUCUUCAGGAACAUGAGCGGCAUGUACAUCCACCCGGUAGGUUUGGAGAUGCUGGUUAACCACGAGAGCGUAGACGCCUCCGACUGGACGGUGGAUAAGCUCCUGUACAACGGUCAGUACUUCGACACGGUGGAAGAACUCCGUGACAAGUACUCCGCAGGGUCCGUGAGAAGAAUUGUCUACCAGGAAGCGGCCGACUAUGGCUCGCUGAAACCUAGGAAUACACCUUUGCAGCUCGGUCCUCUGCAGUUCUACGCAGAAGGCAAACGCUUCAGUGUCAGCGGUAAUCACGUCCUCUACCUGGACUGGAGUUUUGCCUUCGGUCUGAGCUCCCUCACUGGCAUGCGAGUUUUUGACGUGCGCUUCAAGGAGGAGCGGAUCAUCUACGAGCUGAGCGUGCAAGAAGCCAUGUCGGUUUACGGCUCGGUGACGCCCGGGAUGAUCCUCACCAAGUUUUUGGACUCCAGCAUCGGAAUCGGACGCUUUGCACACGAACUGGUCCGCGGCGUGGACUGUCCCUACCAGGCCACUUAUGUGGACACCUUCCGCUACAUCGAUGUGCCGGCGCCCGUCAGGUACAGGAGGUCCAUCUGCAUCUUUGAGCACAACUUUGGUCAGCCCCUGCGCAGACACUUCUCCGACUUCUUCAGCAACAGUUACGGCGGCCUGGUCAACAGCGGCCUGGUGUUCAGGACCAUCACCGCCAUCGGGAACUACGACUACUUGUGGGACUUCAUCUUCUACCAGAGCGGCUCAGUGGAAGCCAAGGUCCACGCCACGGGUUACAUCUCCUCGUCUUACCUGCUGGACGGCAGCCUGCGGCACGGCCACCAGGUAGCGCCAAAUGUCCUGGGCAACAUCCACACACACUUCAUCAACUUCAAAGUGGACGUGGAUGUGUUGGGAGUGAGAAACGUGUUCCAGACCAAAGACAUGCAGUUUGUCAACAGCACAAUUCCAUGGGUGGCUAACGGCUAUGCUAUGGUUCCCCAGCUGGUGGAGAGGCAGCUGAAAUCAGAACAGGAAGCGGCUCUGCGUCACGAUGCCAAGGUUCCUCGCUAUCUCCACAUAGCGAGCAACAAAAGCAACGCCUGGGGCCAUCAGCGCUCCUACAGACUUCAGCUUCUCAGCUCCACAGGAGAUCACCUGCCAGAGAGCCAGACCGAGGAGCGUGCCAUGUCCUGGGCCAGGUACAAGGUGGCCAUCAGCAAGCAUAAGGACGAGGAACAGAGCAGCAGCAGUUUGUACAACCAGAACAACAUCUGGAUGCCAGCAGUCGACUUCAGCUCUUUUAUUGCAGACGACGAAAACAUCGAGAACGAGGAUCUGGUUGCCUGGGUAACCACUGGCUUCCUGCACAUUCCACAUGCUGAGGACAUCCCUAAUACAGUAACCGUGGGCAACGGGGGCGGAGUCUUACUGCGACCUCACAACUACUUUGAUGAAGACCCUUCAGUCCAAUCAGAUGACAGCGUCUACUUCCAACCAGGAAGUGAAGGGUCAUGUGACCUCAACAAGAUGGCGUGUGUGUCUCAGCAGACUUGUAGUCCUGUCAUGGAGACCUGGGACUACCACGGCUUUGAUGGAGUCAUGAAGUUCAUAGACUGGCACUGAGUACUACUACUACAUCCUACAUGUAUUACUACUACAUCCUACAUGUAUUACUACUACAUCCUACAUGUUCUACUACUACAUCCUACAUGUUCUUCUACUACAUCCUACAUGUCCUUCUACUACAUCCUACAUGUACUACUACUACAUCCUACAUGUACCACUACUACAUCCUACAUGUUCUUCUACUACAUCCUACAUGUUCUUCUACUACAUCCUACAUGUACCACUACUACAUUUUACAUGUACCACUGUAUCCUACAUGUACCACUACAACAUCCUACAUGUUCUUCUACUACAUCCUACAUGUUCUUCUUCUACAUCCUACAUGUUCUUCUACUACAUCCUACAUGUACUACUACUACAUCCUACAUGUACCACUACUACAUCUUACAUGUACCACUGUAUCCUACAUGUACCACUACAACAUCCUACAUGUUCUUCUACUACAUCCUACAUGUUCUUCUACUACAUCCUACAUGUUCUUCUACUACAUCCUACAUGUACUACUACUACAUCCUACAUGUCCUUCUACUACAUCCUACAUGUACUACUACUACAUCCUACAUGUACCACUACUACAUCUUACAUGUACCACUGUAUCCUACAUGUACCACUACAACAUCCUACAUGUUCUUCUACUACAUCCUACAUGUUCUUCUACUACAUCCUACAUGUUCUUCUACUACAUCCUACAUGUACUACUACUACAUCCUACAUGUACCACUACUACAUCCUGCAUGUACUACUACAUCCUACAUGUACUACUUUUAAGCUAGCGUAUGUUUAACCAUGCCUGCGCCCAAAAAUACGCUGCGCCUUAUUUAUGCGUUAAAUACAGAAAUAGCACCCGUAACUGACACAGAGCCUUUUAGUACGGUGCGCCCUAUGGUCGCGAAAAUACGGUAUAGUGGCUUUGAUAACGGGAACCGGUUCUCAACAAGGGAUUCGAAUCCAUGGAAUCGGUUCUUUUCUUAUCGAACAAUCGGGAGAACCGGUCUCGAACAUCAUCCCUACUACAGGAUAUAGUAAUACAUCAUACAUGUACUGUAGGAUAUAGUAGUACAUCAUACAUGUUCUACAUGAUAUAGUAAUACAUCAUAUAUGUACUACAUGAUAUAGUAAUAAAUCAUACAUGUACUAUAGGAAAUAGUAAUGCAUCAUACAUGUACUAUAUAAUAUAGUAAUACAUCAUACAUGUACUGCAGGAUAUUGUAAUACAUAAUACAUGUACUGUAGGAUAUAGUAGUACAUCAUACAUGUUCUACAUGAUAUAGUAAUACAUCAUACAUGUACAACUGAUAUACUAAUAAAUCAUACAUGUACCAGAGGAUAUAGUAAUACAUCAUACAUGUACUGCAGGAUAUAGUAAUACAUAAUACAUGUACUGUAGGAUAUAAUAGUACAUCAUACAUGUUCUACAUGAUAUAGUAAUACAUCAUAUAUGUACUACAUGAUAUAGUAAUAAAUCAUACAUGUACUAGAGGAUAUAGUAAUACAUCAUACAUGUACUAUAUAAUAUAGUAAUACAUCAUACAUGUACUGCAGGAUAUAGUAAUACAUAAUACAGGUACUGUAGGAUAUAGUAGUACAUCAUACAUGUUCUACAUGAUAUAGUAAUACAUCAUACAUGUUCUACAUGAUAUAGUAAUACAUCAUACAUGUACAACUGAUAUACUAAUAAAUCAUACAUGUACCAGAGGAUAUAGUAAUACAUCAUACAUGUACUAUAUAAUAUAGUAAUACAUCAUACAUGUAGUACAUGAUAUUGUAGUAUAGUAUUCAUCAUAAAUGUACUACUGGAUAAUAGUAAUAUUGUAUACAUGUACUAAUGGAUAUAGUAAUACAUCAUACAUGUAUUACAUGAUAUAGUAAUACAUCAUAUAUGUACUACAUGAUGUUAUAAUACAUCAAAAAUGUAGUAUAUAAAGUAGUAAUACAUCAUAAAUGUACUACUGGAUAGAGUAAUACAUCAUACAUGUACUACAUGAUAUAGUAAUACAUCAUAUAUGUACUACAUGAUGUUAUAAUACAUCAUACAUGUAGUAUAUAAAGUAGUAAUACAUCAUAAAUGUACUACUGGAUAGAGUAAUACAUCAUACAUGUACUACAUGAUAUAGUCAUACAUCAUACAUGUACUAAUGGUAAAUGGGUUAUACUUGUAUAGCGCUAUUCUACCUUUUUUUAAGGAACUCAAAGCGCUUUGACACUAUUUCCACAUUUACACAUUCACACACACAUUCACACACUGAUGGCGGGAGCUGCCAUGCAAGGCGUUAACUAGGACCCAUCAGGAGCAAGGGUGAAGUGUCUUGCUCAAGGACACAACGGACGUGACGAGGAUGGUAGAAGGUGGGUAUUGAACCAGUAACCCUCAGAUUGCUGGCACGGCCACUCUACCAACUUCGCCAUGCCAUCUCCUACAUGAUAUAGUAAUACAUCAUACAUGUACUACAUUAUAUAGUAAUACAUCAUACAUGUACUACAUUAUAUAGUAAUACAGCAUACAUGUACUGCAGUUUACAGUAAUAAUCUGCAAUUACUACGGUACUUUCUAAUUUGUCAUACAAUUAAAGUAUCAAGUACUGUG